AUGUCAUCAACUGAAUCAACUCAAAUUAAACCUGAUUCCACCGCUUCUAAUAUAGUUGAAUCUCAACCACUUACUUCUAUAAUAACCAAUGCCAAUACGAUUACUUCAACAUCUUUUCAAAAUAGACGACAUUCUGAUAAAUAUGAUCAAGAGAAUUAUAUCAAUAAUAAUGAGUCCAGUUAUAAUGAGUUUGAUAAUCUUUUAGAUUAUAUUUACAGCAAAAAACAAAAACUGGACUGGAAACAUGAAGUAGAAGUAUACUUGAAGGCUCCUCGAGCAAAAC